AUGCAUCCGGAUCUCAGACGCUUACAGACACUGCUGUAUGUUACUUUUAUGAUCCUGUGCUCUUCUGUGAGUUCAGACUUGGCACCUUAUUUUAUUUCUGAGCCACUCUCUGCCGUCCAGAAACUUGGUGGACCUGUAGUUCUACAUUGUUCAGCUAUACCUGUGACUGCUCAUAUCUCAUGGUUGCAUAAUGGAAAAAAAUUGGAUAGAAACAUGGAACAGAUUAAGAUUCAUCAGGGGACGCUGACAAUUCUUUCUCUUCACCCCUCCCUUUCGGGUUACUACCAAUGCAUUGCCAACAGCAGCUUUGGUGCGAUAGUGAGUGGCCCUGCAACAGUAUCCACUGCAGUUCUUGCUGAUUUUGGUUCAUCCACAAAGCAUAUAAUUACAGCAGAAGAAAAAAGUACUGGUUUCGUUGGCUGCAGGGUACCAGAUAGUAACCCCAAAGCCGAGGUGCGCUAUAAAAUCCGGGGCAGAUGGCUGAAACAUUCCACAGAGAAUUACUUAAUCCUUCCAUCAGGAAAUCUUCAGAUUUUGAAUGUAUCCUUAGAGGACAAAGGAUCAUACAGAUGUGCAGCUUAUAAUCCUGUUACACAUGAAUUAAAAGUUGAACCCAUUGGCCGAAAGCUCCUUGUGAGUCGCCCUUCUUCUGGAGAUUUUCACAUCCUCCACCCCACCCUUUCGCAGGCAUUAGCUGUUCUUUCUCAUAGCCCUGUAACCUUGGAGUGUGUGGUGAGUGGGGUCCUGGCUUCUCAAGUGUAUUGGCUGAAGGACGGGCAGGACGCUGUGGUGGGAAGCACCUGGAGAAGGCUGUAUUCUCAUCUGACCACAGAGAGCAUUGACCCAGCGGACUCUGGAAACUACUCCUGCAUUGUAGGAAACAAGUCUGGAGAUGUAAAACAUGUGACUUACAUGGUUACUGUACUUGAACGUGCUUCAAUUUCUAAAGGACUGCAGGAUCAGAUAGUGUCUCUGGGUGCCACAGUACAUUUUACCUGUGAAGUUCGUGGGAACCCAGCCCCCAACCGUACCUGGUUUCAUAAUGCUCAGCCUAUGCAUCCUUCUCCACGACGUCUAACUGCAGGAAAUGGACUGAAAAUCACUGGGGUUACAAUGGAAGAUACUGGGCUGUAUCAGUGUAUAGCAGACAAUGGGAUUGGAUUUAUGCAGUCUACUGGAAGGCUUGAAAUUGAAAAAGUGGACAGUGGAUUCAAGCCAGUUAUAAUUACAGCGCCAGUGAGUGCAAAGGUGGUGGAUGGAGACUUUGUUACUUUGUCCUGCAAUGCCACUGGAGUGCCAGUCCCUGUCAUUCGUUGGUAUGACAGCCACGGACUGAUAACCAGCCAUCCGUCCCAAGUCCUUAGAUCCAAAUCCCGGAAAUCACACUUAUUAAGAUCUGGGGGCUUUGACCCGGAGCCUGUCUAUUUCAUCAUGUCCCGAGCUGGCUCAAGCUCCCUCUCUAUUCAGGCUGUGACUCAGGAACAUGCUGGGAAAUACCUCUGUGAAGCUACGAAUGAACAUGGCAUCACGCAGGCAGAAGCUUUCCUCACAGUUGUUCCUUUUGAAACAAAUACAAAAGCAGAAACAGUCACACCUUCUGAAGCUGCUCAGAAUGAUGAAAGAGAUACAAGAGAUGGUUCAGAAACUGGAUUAUUGAGCUCAUUUUUAGUGAAGGCCCCUUCUAGUGCAGCAGGACCAUCACCAGUGAAAAAUGCUAGUGGCACCUCUGUUCCUGAUGCCCCCAUCAUACUGAGCCCCCCACAGACCCACACACCAGACACAUACAACCUGGUGUGGAGGGCGGGGAGGGAUGGUGGGCUGCCCAUCAAUGCAUAUUUUGUGAAGUAUCGAAAGCUGGAUGAUGGGGUUGGCGUGGUGGGAAGCUGGCACACAGUUCGAGUCCCAGGAAGCGAAAACGAGCUCCACUUAACUGAGCUGGAGCCAUCUAGUCUUUAUGAAGUCUUGAUGGUAGCAAGAAGUGCGGCAGGUGAAGGACAGCCUGCCAUGCUUACCUUCCGAACCAGCAAAGAGAAAACAAUAUCAUCAAAAAACACCCAGGUAUCCUCUCCACCCAUGGGCAUCCCCAAGCAUCCUAUUGUUUCAGAGACUGCGAACAAUAAUUUUGGGGUGAUAUUUCCAGAUUCCUCUAGGCACAGUGGAGUCCCAGAGGCACCCGAUCGGCCCACCAUCUCCACUGCGUCAGAGACGUCAGUCUAUGUCACUUGGAUUCCACGGGCAAACGGGGGUUCUCCAAUCACUGCCUUCAAGGUUGAGUAUAAACGGAUGAGGACUAGUGAUUGGCUGGUGGCAGCUGAAGAUAUCCCUCCUUCCAAACUUUCUGUGGAAGUUCGUAGUUUAGAACCAGGCUCAACAUACAAAUUUAGGGUCAUUGCUAUUAACCAUUAUGGUGAGAGUUUUCGGAGUUCGGCGUCUCGUCCUUAUCAGGUGGCUGGGUUCCCCAAUCGUUUUUCCAACCGUCCAAUAACUGGACCUCACAUUGCAUACACAGAGGCUGUCAGUGACACUCAGAUCAUGCUGAAGUGGACAUACAUUCCAUCAAGUAACAACAAUACUCCCAUCCAAGGAUUUUAUAUCUAUUACCGACCAACGGACAGUGACAAUGACAGUGAUUACAAGAGGGAUGUUGUAGAAGGUUCCAAGCAGUGGCACAUGAUUGGCCACCUGCAGCCAGAAACCUCCUAUGACAUUAAAAUGCAAUGCUUCAAUGAAGGAGGAGAAAGCGAGUUUAGCAAUGUGAUGAUCUGUGAGACUAAAGUGAAACGUGUUCCUGGAGCUUCUGAGUAUCCCGUCAGAGACUUGAGUACCCCUCCAAAUUCUUCAGGAAGUGGAGGAAAUGUAGGGCCUGCAACGAGCCCUGCCAGAAGCAGUGACAUGUUAUAUCUGAUCGUUGGCUGCGUGCUGGGUGUCAUGGUCCUCAUUCUGAUGAUUUUCAUUGCCAUGUGUCUGUGGAAGAAUCGCCAACAGAAUACCAUACAGAAGUAUGACCCACCAGGAUAUCUCUGCCAGGGGUCAGAUAUGAAUGGGCAGAUGGUGGAAUACACCACUCUUUCGGGAACAAGCCGGAUAAAUGGAAAUGUUCAUGGAGGCUUCCUGAGCAAUGGCAGUCUGAGCAAUGGCUGCUCCCAUCUCCACCAUAAGGUCCCCAAUGGAGUCAAUGGAAUCGUGAAUGGGAGCUUAAAUGGAGGGCUUUACUCUGGUCAUACGAACUCUCUGACGAGGACCCAUGUGGAUUUUGAGCAUCGUCAUCAUCUAGUGAAUGCUGGUGGAAUGUACACAGCAGUACCCCAGAUUGACCCUCUUGAGUGUGUUAACUGUCGAAAUUGUCGAAACAACAACAGGUGUUUCACCAAGACCAGCAGCACUUUCGGCAGCAGCCCUCUUCCUGUGGUCCCUCUUCCUGUAGCACCUUAUCCUCAGGAUGGUUUGGAAAUGAGGCCCCUCAGUCACAUGAAGAAGCCUGUAUGUCUGGCUUCCACAGUCCCCAAUUGUGGCCAAUCACCUGAGGAGAGCAUUAAGGACAGUAUGGCACCAUCACCUACUCAGCAUCCUUGUUGUCAGGACCACAUAAAUGACAUCAGCUCUGAUCACACAGAAGAUACAGCAGAGUUCAAAAGAGGAGACAGCUGUGUUAAUUCAGAAACAGAGAACAAAAUUUUAAGUUGGAAUCCUCUUAUUUUGUCACACGUCUCAGAGGACUGUACUGAGAAGACAACCUGGUCUCCUCCUGGCACUCCUUUGGACAGCUCAUCAGGUGUCCUUCAGCAACCCCAGGAAACCUGA